UGUGCUCAAAAGAUUCUACCCGAGAUUUAGGUGAAACACUCAAGGAAACAGUUGAGAAUCGAUGAUCAACUGUGAUGAAAAGAAGAACAAGUGUCAAAACAAGGAAAAAGAAGCCGUCUUUGCAGGUCUCGUCUCAGGGUAAUUCGAUUCACUUCCACCGUUGUUCAUCGCCUUAUAUAAACGCAAACGCAACGAACUGCAUCUUUGUCACUGUAAUCAUGGGUGUGAAGCACCUUGGCAAAUUCGUCCGUAAUGAUGUUCCCUGCGGCAUUUCUAGGAUCUAUAUUGAAGAUGAAAUCAGCGAAUAUUUUAAUAAAUCGAUGGAACCUCCGAUUAUAGUGAUUGAUCUAUUUGCAUUGUUCGAGCCUCUUGGCAUGCACGAUCAGAAAGGACUAUUCUUUGGGGGACGUUUCAAUCUGGCGUUCGUUGUGAUUGAUAAGUUUUUUGCCAAACUGACAGGACUAGGCGCCGAACUUGUGUUUUUCUACGACGGGCCGGUAAAUGAGCCGAAAAGUGCAACUUGGUGCAAUCGCCAAGACAAAAGAUAUAAAGAUAACCUAAAGUUGAUCGAAGCCAUUGAAAGGGGAACUGACCUACGAGCUCUGAUGAAUAAAUAUAAAGCCCCGCUGAACUUUGGAUAUCCUUUGAGGUAUGCUGCACAAAAGCACGGAAAGUGUAUUAUGACCAUCGGCCGCGAGUGUGAUCAAGAGCUGGUAGCAUAUGCAAUACAAGUGAACGCUCUGGCAAUAAUCUCCGAAGAUUCGGACUACUUUAUCUACGAAGGAUCCUGGAGGUACUGGUCGGCUAGAGAUCUGAACUUGUCCACAUUGCGCACCACAGAAUUUAACCGACAUACUCUUGUUAACUACCUUGGCUUGAAUUUCAAGCAAAUGCAACUUCUUGGUACACUCAUGGGGAACGAUAUCAUGCCACACGAUGCAGUAAAGUAUUUCCUUAAGCGCUAUUUUCGAGGUGUCAAUAAAUUUCUCGACAUGGCUCAAUACAUCCGACUGUUUCCAUUUCGAAAACUUAAUGAUAAUGCGGUGUUGACCAUUUUUAACGAUAUCACAAACAAAAUAGUUGGUAAGGAUUUGAUUCAGAAAUUUCGACGUGGUUUGGAUACUUACAGUGUGAAAAUCCAACAGCUGAACUUCAACCCCACUGCGGAUCCCCUCAUAGAAGCACUAAUUCGAAGAGAUUCACCGUUCGAAUAUUUAAUUUGGGGGGGUAAGCCACUGGACGUAAGCAUGUGCAUAGCCGACAUGCGUCAAGACGAUUUUGGGAAUGAUUACGCGAAACUUCAAAUCGCACUAAUUUCGCGAAUGGCAGGAAUAAUUUUAUUCCACCAUAAACCACAGCGACCAAAACAACUGCCGAUUAUCAUUAAAGCGUCUCAUCAAGAACCACACAGAGUAUACACCUUUCCCGUAAAAUAUCCGCGUGACGAAGCCACACCUACUCUGCUUGAGUUGCUAUCGAAGGAUCAAGCUACCCAGGAGAAGCUCAGGAAUAUUAAAUUCCAACUUUUAUCUUGGACUGCAUCCGAUACGCUGAACCCUGCUGAAUUACAGAAGAUCCCUAUGCAAUUACGCUUAACCGUUUUCACUUUAUACUGUUUACUGGAGCGACACGAUCUGGAGCUCUUCGAAGCAGACCUGUUUUUGCAGGUUGCUUACGAUGUGUCAUUCCAAACCUACGACAUUCGGGCAGUUGAAUAUCCCAAAGCAAUCAAAAGUCGCCCAUAUCGGCUAGUUUUCUUUUAUCAGAAAAUGUUCACAUACACGGCAAAGGCUUUUCGCUUGGUUGGCCUGGAUGAUGAAGAUAACUUCCGUGAUGAUCCCCCGUUGGAUGGCGUUCUGUUUCACAAGCGAUACGAUGAAUGGAGUCAGGGUCAAUAUGGAGUUGAUCAUAUUAAAGAGUGGAGAAUUUAUGAAGGGCUGCUUACUGACAACAAUGCAAAGCAAAUGGCAACAUCUUUAUGAUUAGAAUGAAUAAAUUAGUUAUGAUUGAAUUAAUGAUCCCAUUUGAAUAAAAUCUUCUAUAUAAUAAAAAUAAAAUGGUCUGUCUUCGUAUCCACAUAACUCGAAAACGGCUGGAUGGAUUUUCUUUAUUCCUUCAGCAGUUACAUUCGUUAUAGUUUCCGACGGGUUUAUAUGAUAUCUCCUCAUGCGAAAAUUAUUAGUAAAUUUGAGAAAAUCGUGAAAAACUAAAAUUAAUAUUCGUAUGGAAAUUUCGCAUGAGCAGAUCACAUCGCGUAUUUUCGCCUACUAUGCAGGACAACGUCUGCUGGGUCUACUAGUCUUCUUAUAUAUAAAAAUGAAAUGGUCUGUGUUCGUAUCCGCAUAACUCGAAAACGGCUGGAUGGAUUUUUUUCAUUUCUUCAGCAGAAACAUUCGUUAUAGUUUCCGACGGGUUUAUAUGAUAUUUGCUUAUGCGAAAAUUACGAGUAAAGUUGAGCAAAUCGUGAAAAAUUAAAAUAAGGAUUCGAAAGGGCAGUUUGCAACGCGCAUUUACGCCUACUAUGCAGGACAACGUCUGCCGGGUCGACUAGUUAUUAAUAAAUUCCGUUUUACUGAUAUACGCUCUAAUCAUAAAGAUGCUGCCAUUUGCUUUGCAGGCCUGUGGAAAUGUUCCCAUGUAACACGUGAA